AUGGAGGGCGCGGGCGACGAGCGGGCGCCGCUGCUGGGCGCGCGGCGGGCGGCGCUGGCGGGGCGGCGGGCGGCCUGCGCGGCGGUGCUGCUGGCCGAGCUGCUGGAGCGCGCGGCCUUCUACGGCGUGACGGCCAACCUGGUGCUGUUCCUCAACGGGCCGCCGUUCCGCUGGGAGGGCGCGCAGGCCAGCCAGGCGCUGCUGCUCUUCCUGGGCCUCAGCUACCUGGUGUCGCCGCUGGGCGGCUGGCUGGCCGACGCGCGGCUCGGGCGGGCGCGCGCCAUCCUGCUCAGCCUGGCGCUCUACCUGCUGGGGCUGCUGGCGCUGCCGCUGCUCGCCGCGCCCCGCCCGCGCGCCGCGCUCUGCGGGCCCCCGCGCCCCGCGCGCUACUGCGCCCCCGCCGCGCUGGCCGCGCUGGCGCUCGUGGGGCUGGGCGUGGGCGCCGUCAAGGCCAACAUCACGCCCUUCGGCGCCGACCAGGUUAGAGAUCGAGGUCCAGAAGCCACAAGAAGGUUUUUUAAUUGGUUUUAUUGGAGCAUCAACCUGGGAGCAAUCCUUUCGCUAGGCGGCAUCGCCUACGUCCAGCAGAACGUGGGGUUUCUGGCCGGCUACAUCAUCCCCACCGUCUGCAUCGGCAUGGCCUUCCUGGUCUUCCUCUGCGGCCUGAAAGUUUUCGUCACCAAGCCUCCCGACGGCAGCGCCUUCUCCGAUAUGUUCAAAAUCCUGGCCUAUUCCUGUUCUCCCCAGAGGCGAGCCCGGGAGCGCAGGCUGAGUGGUGAAGGCCUUGGCGUCUUUCAGCCAUCUUCUAAACAAAGUCUGUUUGAUUCAUGUAAGAUGUCUCGUGGAGGGCCCUUCACGGAAGAGAAAGUGGAAGACGUGAAAGCCCUGGUCAAGAUCAUGCCUGUGUUCUUGGCUUUGAUCCCUUACUGGACAGUGUACUUCCAAAUGCAGACGACCUACGUGCUGCAGAGUCUUCAUUUGAGGAUUCCAGAAAUUUCCAAUCUCACGACCACUCCUCACACGUUCCCGGCAGCCUGGCUGACGCUGUUCGAUGCGGUGCUCAUCCUCCUGCUGAUCCCGUUGAAGGACAAGCUGGUGGACCCCCUCCUGAGGAGAAACGGCUUACUGCCGUCGUCCUUGAAGAGGAUCGCGGUCGGAAUGUUCUUUGUGAUGUGUUCUGCCUUCGCUGCAGGAAUCCUGGAGAGCAAGAGGCUGGACCUGGUCAGGCAGCACACCAUCAACCAGACCAUCGGGCACGUGGUGUACCAGGCGGCCGACCUGCCCAUGUGGUGGCAGGUGCCCCAGUACGUGUUCAUCGGCCUCAGCGAGAUCUUCGCCAGCAUCGCAGGCCUGGAGUUUGCGUACUCGGCGGCCCCCAAGUCCAUGCAGAGCGCCAUCAUGGGCCUCUUCUUCUUCUUCUCCGGCGUCGGCUCCUUCGUGGGCUCGGGGCUCCUGGCUCUGGUGUCCCUCAAAGCCAUCGGGUGGAUGAGCAACCACACAGACUACGGCAACAUCAACGGCUGCCACCUCAACUACUACUUCUUCCUGCUGGCCGCCAUCCAGGGCGCCACGCUGCUGCUCUUCCUCCUCGUCUCCGUGCGGUACGACCGCCAGCGGGCGAGGGCCAGCAGCAGGCCGGGCGGCAGGCCGGGCAGCAGGCACACCUGACCCAAGGACAGUGGGGGCGGGCCUAGCGUCCUGGGACUUACCUGGCGCCGGAUGGGGCUCGCUGCUGCCCCCACAGGCGCCCCCCGGUAAGUGCCUUGUCUCAGACCCGACCUGCCCGGCACGGCCGCAGCUGGACUUCCAGGCCGAGGCCGCGGGUCCCUGCCCGCGCCAUGUGGCGUUGGCUUUCUUCUUCUUGGUUGACGAACCCGCUUAUCUUGAGGAGUCGGGGGAAGCCAGGGCGUGGUCGGGGCCAGAGGCCGCCUGUGGCCGUGCCCCUCUUCGUUCCUCUGCCAGCUCUUGCCGCACUGCCUCUGCCAGCGCCGCCCGCGGGGGCGCGCUUCGCUACUUUGGAGACACUUUCUCAAUGGCCGGCCGUGCGGCCCCCGAGAGCGAGGGCGGGAGGCGCUGGGCCGGCCGCGGGCCUGACCUCGGGUGUCCGGCCUCUGUGCAGGCUCGUCCUGCGCGGGUGGGUCCCGGGCCUUGGCCACGCAGACCGGCGGUGGGGAGGCGGCGGGAACCUCGUAGCAGCAGCGCGUCCGCGCGCACGGGACCUGCUGCGGGCCGGGGCUCUGGCUGGUCAAUAAACUGUU